CGUUCCUCUGCUUGGUCGCGUCCAAGCAGCGCCUCCAGCCGAGAACGCCGUGCCCUCGGCUGAGCCCGCUUGCAGAGCCCCGGGUGUGGCUGCCGAUCUUGGCUGCGCGCUCCCUCUUCACCUUUCCCUCGCGCGAGGUCGCGGAGGCGGACUGUCUCCUUGUCGGCGUCCAGCGCGGCGGCCGCGGACGUCCGGCUUCGGAGUCGGGGAGCUGUCCCGCGGGCACCGUGUUACCUGGAGGGGCGUUCCGCGAUGGGGCGUGUCCCUGAGCACCUGUCCUAGGCGCUGGGGCCUAAGCGUCGAACGAGAGGACGGCAGCCUCGUAGCGGUGGCUCCUGCUUUCCGCCGGCGCGCCGGGCGCCUCUGAGCGUACUUGGUUGUCUGGCGGCUUCAGAAGUCAGCCCCCUGCGGCCGUCAUCCCUCCUUUCCGCUCCGGGAUCCACGAUGGCGGGGCGCAAACUUGCUCUAAAAGCCAUCGACUGGGUAGCUUUUGGGGAGAUCAUACCCCGAAACCAGAAAGCCAUUGCCAACUCCCUGAAGUCCUGGAACGAGACCCUCAGCUCCAGGUUGGCCACUCUCCCCGAGAACCCCCCAGCUAUCGACUGGGCCUACUACAAGGCCAACGUGGCCAAGGCCGGCUUGGUGGAUGACUUUGAGAAGAAGUUCAACGCGCUGAAGGUCCCUGUGCCCGAGGACAAGUACACGGCCCUGGUGGAUGCUGAGGAAAAAGAAGAUGUCAAAAGCUGUGCUGAGUUCGUGUCUCUCUCCAAGGCCAGGAUUGAGGCAUAUGAGAAACAGCUGGAGAAGAUGAGGAACAUAAUUCCCUUUGACCAGAUGACCAUUGAGGACCUGAAUGAAGCCUUCCCAGAAACCAAACUGGACAAGAAGAAGUAUCCCUACUGGCCUCACCAGCCCAUCGAGAACCUGUAGAACCGCGCGGGGCAGCCCUGGCCCUCAUGUUCCAAACCCUGGACGUUAAAAUAAAACCUACACAGUUCUGCGCA